AUGGCUUAUCUCGAGACCGUCCCACAUGAAAUACUUGAACGUAUUGCCUACCUUGUGGCCACGGAACGAGUCAUUGGACCGCCCUCAUCCCUCAUAUCUCUGCUCUGCACUAAUCGCCAAAUCCACUCACAACUCUCUCUCACUAAUAACCAAUACCUUUAUGCAAGAAUAUAUCAGGCCAAGUUUGACUUUGGUCGACUUGCUUCAAAGCUGUCGCCAAAUGUUUUGGCGCACGAGCUAGUACAUCGUUGUCGAAUUCUCACACGGAUUCGCGCUCAGACGGACUCGACAGUCAGACCGCGCUCGACAGAACCGGGCGACACUGUCUACGAACUACUAUUCCAUGCAUACCUAAUGAUGCUGGAGAAUGCUGGAAAUAACGAGCGUCAGCUGCGCGACUAUGCCAACAUAGGGAACUGGUUGCGUAAUUAUUUAUUCGACGAGCAUCUCCCACUGCUGCGGGGUACCAAUCGCGUAGAAAACUGGCCACUGCAGAACGAGCACACCUCGCUGGCGAUGUGGUUGUUUUGGUUCCUACUCCGGCCAGAUGAUUACACUGGCGACGAUGACUUAACUUGGAAUGUUCUGAAUUUUCUCAAAGUAUAUGCCCUCGGCGCGCAUAAAUACCAACUAACUGAUCCAUCCUGGGUGAAAUUCCUACCUGAACCUCCAGAACGCACUACUCCCGUCAUGCACUAUUCGGAACCCCACCAAUUUUGCACGCCUCCGCUUGCAACUCCCGCGAUCCUCGCAUUCCUCACUCUCGUUAACCUCAAAACGAAGCAAAUCGACUUCUCCUCGCAUAUCGACCUUCCCAUGAAAUCAGAGAGUAACGAAUGGGAGCAUGAGCUUGGUCGAUGUCUAAGUCUGAGUCGCCCGGAUUUUGGGAACACCCUCACGGAGUGCUUCCAAUCCGGCAGCGUCGAAGGAACCUGGGAAGGAAUCUUCACGUAUACCGAGUUUACUGCUUAUGCUGCCCUGCUCCAAGGCGCACCACCACCUAUUCUCCAGAAGAGUGUUAUUGUGCGGCACCGGCAAACGUGGAAGCUCCGGGAACAUCACUUCGUUGACCGAUUUGAAGGAGACACGCGACAGCCAUUGUCUGCUGGAGAUCCUCUGCGGGCCUAUUUACCCAACGGCACGCGCUUACUGGAAAAACCAGACUGUCUCCUUGUACAAGACCCCCUUACAAAGAAGGAGCUGCGCUAUACGCGGCCGGUCCUCGGAGAAGCAGACGAGGAAGAGGAUGAAAAGCCUCAAAUGGUUGUUCGUGACGUAAUUAUAACUGGAGAGGGACAUUCUGCAUGGGGUCAAUUUAAUCUCAUCGGGCGUGUCCGCCCUUGCGAUGGCUUCAUCAGUCUUUGUAAAGAAUAUAUUGAACCGGAUCGCGGCAAGUGGAUUUACCGGGGCUACCUGGUUGGCAACGUCAACAGCAACUUAGCUGGUCGUUGGCGAGAUACCCUUAGCCCAGCCGCGGUGCCAGGAUACGAGGGUUGUUUUCUCAUGACAAGGAGGCGCUAA